CCGGGGCAAUUUCGUUCAGUGCCUAGAAACCCAUGACCUUUACCUUUGACCUUUCAACAUGGCGACUAACUUUUUCUCAGAUGUUGAUCUCUCUCCUCCCAUCGAGGUUUUCGCUUUAACACAGGCAUACAAUGAUGACCCACACCCUAAUAAAGUCAACUUAGGUGUCGGUGCAUACCGUACAGAUGAAGGUAAACCAUGGGUUUUACCUGUGGUGAAGACUGUAGAGAAUCAGAUGGCAGCAGACCCUACAUUGAACCAUGAAUAUCUCCCAAUAGCUGGUCUUACUGAUUAUGUUAAUGCCAGUAUUAGGUUGCUUCUGGGAGCUGACAGCCCUGCCAUUGCACAAAAUAGGGUUGAUGGCUGCCAAGGCAUUGGUGGUACAGGGUGUAUCAGGGUAGGCUUAGAUUUCCUUUACAAGAUUAUUGGCUGCAGAGUUGUCUACGUCUCUACUCCAACUUGGGGCAACCACAAAGGUAUAUCAAAGGCUAUAGGCUAUGACGUGAGGGAAUACAGAUAUUGGGAUAAUGACAAGAGGGGACUCAAUUUUGAGGGAUACAUCAAUGAUCUAAAGGCUGCACCAUCUGGAGCGGUUGUCCUACUUCAUACAUGCGCCCACAAUCCAACAGGUGUUGACCCAUCCAAGGAACAAUGGGCAAAACUUGCUGAAGUUAUUAAGGAAAAGCACUUAUUUCCUUUCUUUGACUGUGCCUAUCAAGGUUUUGCCACAGGAAAUUUAGAGGCUGAUGCCUGGCCAGUCAGAUACUUUGUUGAGCAGGGAUUUGAGCUAUUAUGCGCACAAUCUUACUCCAAGAACUUUGGCCUUUACAAUGAGCGCACCGGUAACUUAACAUUUGUAAGCAGCAGCUCUGAUGUUUGUAUGAAAGUGAAGUCACAGAUUAAGACUAUUAUACGACAGACCUGGUCUAAUUCACCCAACCAUGGAUGCAGAAUUGUAUCUACUGUAUUGAAUAAUCCAUCAUUCUAUGAAGAAUGGUCAAGAGAUGUGAAGACAAUGGCAGAAAGGAUCCUGUUGAUGAGGCAGAGACUCCAUGAGAAGUUGAAGGCCUUAGGGACACCAGGCAACUGGGAUCAUAUAGUGAAGCAGAUAGGAAUGUUCAGCUAUACAGGCCUCAAUCCACGCCAGGUUGAUUUCUUGGUGAAACAAUACCAUAUUUUCCUACUGAAGAGUGGCAGAAUCAACAUGUGUGCACUCACCACUAAAAACCUGGACUAUGUUGCAAACGCAAUUCACGAGGCUGUAACAGAAGUCAAAGAUGACCCUAAAUUGUAACUUAAGUGAAACUUAGGCUUAAUUUUAAACCCAUUGCUGAUUUAUUGUUGUUUUAUGCCCUGGGUGGCAAUGGGGGUUGUUGCUAGCCAAUGAUGGUUGUUGCUAGCCAAU